AUGUUAUCGCGGGAUUAUGAUGCGACUGGCGAUCGCUACAACUUCUUGGACUUCUCUCCUGCUGAGCGUGAUAUCAUUCUGCGUCACUUUCCCAUCUACAAUCGAGUUGUUGAGCAUCUCAAAAUCUCAGGUCGUUUCUUCCAACAGCUCAAUUUAACUCACACGGAAUUUGUCUACGCCUGUGCCAUUGGAAUACUUAGAUAUUACUAUAUUCUUGCCAAUCCAGCCUACACGGACGCGAGGAAGUUACUGCUCCUGGCGAGGCACUCUCUUCUUGCAACCAUGCGUUCACAAAACGAGUCUCAGGAACUGGUUGAUCACAAGUGGAGUCGUCUGGAGGCGAUGAGUGAGAUGCUUUCCUCCAUGAGCAAGGAGUACCGAGAAAUCGCACAACAGUUGCAGGUUAGAUUUUGCCAUUUUAAUGAAUGCUAA